AUGUUACCUGUCGCCUCGAUCCUGGCCCUGUUCGUGGCAGCGGCGUCAGCAUCUCCUGGUCAGCCGACUGACGAGGCCUUUGACUACAUUAUCGUAGGCGGAGGGACUGCUGGAGUCGCGCUGUCAACCCGUCUGAGCCAGGGGCUGCAGAACGCGACAGUCCUGGUCAUCGAAGCAGGUCCAUCAGGGCUCGGCGAUGAGCGCAUUGAGAUUCCGGGUCGGAGAGGUUCGACGUUUGGGAGCCAGUACGACUGGAAUCUCACUACUGUGCCGCAGGAGGGAUCGAAUGGUCGUGUCUGGGUUCAGACCAGAGGGCACGUUUUGGGUGGGAGCUCCGCGCUCAACCUCUUCUCAUACGAUAGGGCGUCCGCUCACGAGUAUGACGGAUGGGAAGAGCUUGGCAACCCAGGAACCCAGUACUACACGGGGAGCGAGGGCGUUGGCAAUGCCGGACCUAUCAAGGCUCUGAUCAACCGGCUCAUCCCCAGACACCAAGCCCCGCUGUUCCCGGUCAUGAACAGCUUGGGCAUCGAAACGAACCUUGAAUCAUUGAACGGCAACGUUCUGGGUGUCCUGUACUCGCCCAACAGCAUCGAGCCGACACACUAUAAUCGAUCUUACAGCGCAAACUCCUACCUGCCCUUAGCCGGUCCAAACCACUUCGUUUUGACAGAUUCAAAGGUCGCCAAAGUCAAUUUGGAGACUACCUGCCAUGGCAGUCUGCGUGCUACUGGCGUGACUCUUGUCGACGGAACCGCCCUAUCUGCUCGCCGCGAGGUUAUUGUCUCCGGUGGAGGUCUACUGAGCCCUUCUAUUCUCGAGAACUCCGGCAUUGGCAAGGCAGAUGUUCUCUCUGCCGCUGGUAUUGAUCAGAUUAUUGACCUUCCAGGAGUAGGUGAAAACCUUCAGGAUCAUAUCCGCAUUCAGAGCUCGUACGAGCUGAAGAGCAACUACACUGGAUACGACCGUCUCAAGUACGACACAACCUAUGCUGCCGAGCAGCUUCAGCUCUGGCGGGAAGGCAAGACUUCAAUGUACGGAUACUCUGGUAGUGGAUACACGUUCACCAACUGGAAUCAAGCUCUCGGUGACGAUGGAGAAGCAGCGCUUACUGCCCUUGCUCAGACGGCGAUUGGGGAUACUAACAACCCGGUCGAGAAGAGAAAACUUCAAUGGCUCAACGAUACGACGGUACCCCAACUGGAAAUCCUGUUUAGCGACGGAUAUACCGGCGUCAAGGGGUAUCCUGCUUCAGGAAGUCUAGGUUACGGCAAAGACUACUUCACGCUCAUCGCGGCCGUUAUGCACCCACUGAGCCGAGGGCAUGUCCACGUCAACCCUGCCGACCCCUUGGCACCACCUCUCAUCGACCCGAAGUAUCUUUCAAACGAGUACGACUUGCAAGCAGCCAUCCAAGCCAUCAAAAAGUGUCGUCAGGUUGCUCUCACCGAACCUCUCAGAUCCACAUGGGUUUCGGAGUACGAGCCAGGCUUGAACACCACGACUGACGCGCAGUGGCGGGACUUUGCUCUCAAGACCACCUUGUCCAUCUAUCACCCAGUUGGUACUUGCGCAAUGCUCCCGAAAGAAGACGGCGGCGUCGUUGAUCCGUCACUCAAGGUCUACGGGACGGAAAAUCUCAGAGUCGUAGACGCGAGUAUCAUACCUGUCCUGAUCUCAGCGCAUAUUCAGACUGCGGUAUAUGGAAUUGCGGAGAGAGCUGCUGAUAUCAUUAUUGAGGCUGCGAAAAAGUGA